CUCAGAAUGAGUGAUCCGGUCGCACUCUCUCCGACUGUAGGCUAUAAUGACUGACGAAGGUAACGAGAGGACUUGUGAUGCUGCACCCACUGAGCAGAUGUUGCCACGAGAGACUAUAGUGCUGCAACAAGAGACAAGACACGUCUUGGAUCACAAAUAGGAUCCGUGCGCAUGCUCCGUCUGUUCCGUUUACUGUAUAUUCACUGUGGUAAAAGGGCAGGCAGGCAACAAACCAAGCUUUUUACAGCAAAGUGGCUUCUACAAUGUAAAUACGCUCCAGGGAAACCAAAAGGGAUAUCAACAGGUAUGCUUUUAAUUUACAUCGUAGCAGUUAUUUCGAUUUUUAUUCGCUUAUUUUCUGUGGUUUUGGAUUCCCUUCAAUUCAUAGCGGGUUCUUGGAAAUUCUUCUGCCUAAUGGACGUGCGGAUUCGCCACACUGUAAUGUUCAAUCCAACAGUGAACGGUAUUUUUAGGUGUGAUGAGACAAAAGAACAAAGGAUGCCGUAGAAGAGAGGCUGCUUACAAGCCGGGAAUCUGCUUCAAAGCACAACAAAUGGAUCUAUCGCCUCCCCCUGCCGCCUCUAGAUAAUGAUACUUGGCUGAAGCUACUACAUCUUUAUGAUCCCUCCUCCAUCUAUGGCGAACUAUAGCCAUGCAGGGGACCACAACAUCUUGCAGAAUGUCUCUCCUCUCGCCACGUUUCUUAAACUGACAUCCCUGGGUUUUAUCAUUGGAGUCGGCGUCGUUGGCAACCUCCUGAUCUCCAUCCUACUGGUCAAAGACAAGAGCCUGCACCGCGCACCGUACUACUUCCUGCUGGACCUGUGCGCCUCGGACAUUCUGCGCUCCGCCAUCUGCUUCCCCUUUGUUUUCACCUCCGUCAAGAAUGGUUCCACCUGGACGUACGGCACGCUUACCUGCAAAGUGAUAGCCUUCCUGGGGGUGCUGUCCUGCUUUCACACAGCGUUCAUGCUCUUCUGUGUGAGUGUGACACGCUACCUGGCCAUAGCCCACCACCGCUUCUACACCAAGAGGCUCACCUUCUGGACGUGUCUGGCAGUCAUCUGCAUGGUGUGGACGUUGUCGGUGGCCAUGGCCUUUCCCCCGGUGCUGGACGUGGGGACGUACUCCUUCAUAAGGGAGGAGGACCAGUGUACGUUCCAGCACCGCUCGUUCAGAGCCAACGACUCCCUGGGCUUCAUGCUGCUCCUCGCCCUGAUCCUUCUGGCCACCCAGCUUGUCUACCUCAAGCUAAUCUUCUUCGUUCAUGACCGCCGGAAGAUGAAACCAGUCCAGUUUGUGCCUGCCGUCAGCCAAAACUGGACCUUCCAUGGCCCCGGGGCCAGCGGCCAAGCAGCGGCUAACUGGCUGGCGGGGUUCGGCAGGGGCCCCACCCCGCCCACCCUGCUGGGGAUCAGGCAGAACAGCAAUGCAGUGGGCCGGCGACGCCUGCUGGUGCUGGACGAGUUUAAGACUGAAAAGAGGAUAAGUAGGAUGUUCUUCAUCAUGACCUUCUUCUUUCUCACGCUCUGGGGCCCCUACCUAGUGGCCUGCUAUUGGAGGGUGUUUGCCAGGGGCCCCGCGGUACCAGGGGGGUACUUGACAGCGGCGGUGUGGAUGAGCUUCGCCCAGGCGGGAGUCAACCCCUUUAUCUGCAUCUUCUCCAACAGGGAGCUCCGGCGCUGCUUCAGCACCACUCUCCUUUACUGCAGAAAGUCCAGGUUACCUAGGGAACCCUACUGCGUUAUAUGAAGGCUUGGGUUGUUUUUUUCCUUCCACUCCUCCACUGAUUGACAUCAAUUUGGGUUUUGUCCCAUUGUACAGCUCUCUUUCUCUUCAUCCUCCUGUUUCUCCUCCUCCUCCUUCCCUCUCUUCUGAGGCAGAAGUUGAACUGUCAAUCACUCCCUUGGUUCUGUGAUUGAACAUCAUACAUGGAGGUUGAAGAGAAUGAAUAAGCAGGUAGCUGAGAACCCUUCCUAUGUUUAUGUUCUAGUAAACAACUGCUGUGGAAAGUAAUUUAGAAGCAGAGAAGAACAAAAAAAUGGUGAAACUACAAAAACAAAGGACUGACCCCUUGCUUUGGAUAUUUUGACGAUAAUUCAGUGAGGUAAAAGAUUCCGGUGAAAAAAAACAAAAAACUAAGAAACCAUUUCCUCUAAGGAGUCACUGGAAUUGUUUUACAUUUAAAAGUUGCACUAAAAAGAAGAUGUAAAGAUGCUUUUUUUGAUCAAUGGUUGCAUUGCAAGGUGCAAGGACAACUUGUUUUUCCCUCUAACUAAACAAUGAAUGCUUUAAUUUGCAAAUGACACCCCAUUCGUUGUAUGUAAAGCAAAACAAUGUUCGGUGACUAACUGUUGGAAUACACCUUCACAAGAGGAUUAAAUUGGUUUUAAAUGUAAGUGAUAUCUUUUUUUAUUUUAGGGGGUGA